AUGAGUACUAAUUCUUCGAAUUCUGUAAUUGAUCAUAAGGAUAAUAAUGGAAUCUAUGAAUGUGAGAAAAGUGAUUCAUUAACGAGUACCCAUUCAGAUAAUUAUGUAAAUUCACCAUUCCAAAAAAAAGGAAAAGAACCCUCAACUGUGUGGAAACAUUUUGUUAAAAUUAAAAAGUCUGGAAAACGGAAGU